GGCAGCCUGGCCCGGCCCCUUCUCUAAGGAAGCGCAUUUCCUGCCUCUCUGGGCCGGGCUGGAUGAGCUGAGCUCCCUGCCCUGACAGUCAGACCCCUGCCUUCAUCCCAUCCCCAGGCCAGGACCGCCGACAGCUGCUGUCCAAAAGAGCCCAGUGUCUCUUUCCCACCACCCAGUCAGCUAGAGACCCCUGCCCUGCUGUGAGUCUCGAGCCCACUUCUCCUGACUUCUCCGCCGCCACCUCAGAAGGCUGGAGCAGGGACGUGGUCGCUCCGGCCGCCUGCUCCCUUCGGAUCCCCGUGCGAACCCACGCAGGCCCCGGCGCCCGCCCGCAGCCCUGCCUCUGGAUACCGGAUAAGGCCCAGCGCACAGACUCCCGGGUGGACAGCAUGGACCGUGGCGUGUUUCCUCUGGCCACAACCCUGCUACUCAUCAUCUAUAGCUUCGUACCCACAACAGGCCUUGCAGAAAGAGUCGGUUGUGAUCUACAGCCUGUGGACCCCACAAGGGGUGAGGUGACGUACACCACCAGCCAGGUCUCUGAAGGUUGUGUAGCUCGAGUUGCCAAUGCUAUACAUGAAGUCCACGUUCUCUUCCUGGAUUUUCCAGAAAUGCUGUCACAUCUGGAGCUGACUCUUCAGGCAUCUAAGCAAAAUGGCACUGAGACCCGGGAGGUGUUCCUGGUCCUCGUUUCGAACAAAAGUGUCUUCGUGAAGUUCCAGGCCCCGGAAAUCCCAUUGCAUUUGGCCUACAACCCCAGCCUGGUCAUCAUCCAAGAGCAGCCAAGAGUCAACAUCACACCACUACCAUCCCUUAACUCCAAGAAACAGAUCCUCGACUGGGCAGCCACCAAGGACGCCAUCACUUCCAUAGCGGCACUGGAUGACCCCCAAAGCAUCGUCCUCCAGCUGGGCCAAGACCCGAAGGCACCAUCCUUGUGCCUGCCAGAAGCUCAUAAGGACAUGGGCGUCACACUUGAAUGGCAACCACGAAUCCCAACCCCAGUCCAAGGCUGCCACUUGGAAGGUGUGACUGGCCACAAGGAGGCCUACAUCCUGAGGAUCCUACCAGGUUCUGAGGCCAGGCCACGGACAGUGACAGUAACGGUGAAACUGAGCUGCACAUCUGGGGACGCCGUUCUCAUCCUGCAGGGUCCUCCAUAUGUCACCUGGUUCAUUGAUACCAACCACAACAUGCAGAUCUGGACCACAGGGAACUACUCUGUCAAGAUCUUUCCAAAAAACAACAUCAAAGGCUUCGAGCUCCCAGACACACCUCAAGGCCUGAUAGGGGAGGCCCGCAAGCUCAAUGCCAGCAUCGUUGCCUCCUUUGCAGAGCUCCCGCUGGCCAGCGAUGUCUCCCUGAGGGCCUCCAGCUGUGGUGGUGUGCUCCAGACCUCCCCUGCACCUGUCGUGACCACACCUCCCAAGGACACCUGUAGCCCUGUGCUACUCAUGUCCCUGAUCCAGCCAAAGUGUGGCAACCACGUCAUGACUUUGGCACUCAAUAAAAAACAUGUGCAGACUCUCCAGUGCACCAUCACGGGCCUGGCUUUCUGGGACUCCAGCUGCCAGGCCGAAGACAGUGACGACCAUCUUGUCCUGAGUAGCACCUACUCCAGCUGUGGCAUGAAAGUGACAGCUCAUGUGAUCAGCAAUGAGGUGAUCAUCAGUUUCCCGUCGGGCUCACCACCACUUCGGAAAAAGGUACAGUGCAUCGACAUGGACAGCCUCUCCUUCCAGCUGGGCCUCUACCUCAGCCCGCACUUCCUCCAGGCAUCCAACACCAUCGAGCUAGGCCAGCAGGGCUUCGUACAGGUGAGCAUGUCUCCAUUGACCUCUGAGGUCACAGUCCAGCUAGAUAGCUGCCAUCUGGAUUUGGGGCCUGAAGGGGACAUGGUGGAACUCAUCCAGAACCGAGCACCCAAGGGCAGCUGUGUGAGCUUGCUGUCUCCAAGCCCUGAAGGUGACCCACGCUUCAGUUUCCUCCUCCGAGUCUACAUGGUGCCCACACCCACAGCUGGCACCCUCAGUUGCAACUUAGCUCUGCACCCUAGCACCUUGUCCCAGGAAGUGUACAAGACAGUCUCCAUGCGCCUGAGCAUCGUCAGCCCUGACCUGUCUGGUAAAGGCCUUGUCCUGCCCUCUGUACUGGGCAUCACCUUUGGUGCCUUCCUCAUCGGGGCCCUGCUCACAGCUGCACUCUGGUACAUCUAUUCUCACACACGUGCCCCCAGCAAGCGGGAGCCCGUGGUGGCAGUGGCUGCCCCGGCCUCCUCUGAGAGCAGCAGUACCAACCACAGCAUCGGGAGCACCCAGAGCACCCCCUGCUCCACCAGCAGUAUGGCAUAGUGCCCAGCCUGGAGCCUCAGGGAGCCCCCCCAGCCAGCCCUUGCCCUGCAGGAGAGACCGAGCAGCCACAAGCUGGGAACCACCGGCCAUGAACUUGUCCCAGGAGUCAAACCUCUCCCCCUAGCCAAGGAUGGAACAUUCCCCCUGCACCUGCUCAUGCCUCUCUAGCAGAGGCUUGUCGCCAGUGGAGACUUCAGCUUGGAAUACCUUGGGAUCUCUUCACCCUGCUUAUAGAACUGCUCAAUCCAGGGGCUCUGGGAUAUGGCUGCCCAGGACUACAGAAAGACUCGGCACUGCCGUGUCCAUCCAUGCUGCUGAAAAAGCCUAAGCCCCUGCCUUUGAGCUGGAUCCUGUGCAGGGUGGGAGGCAAGGACUCAGACACGCCCAGCCUAGCCCAGAGCCGCCUGCAUCUGGCCCCAGGAGCCUCCUCACCUGGACUGGCACAACCUUGGUUGAGGGAAACAGAAGCUGAGGGGUGCUCAGUUCAGUGGGCUUAGAUGGCAAGAACAGUGGGGUUGGGGAGCCCAGCCCCUCCCAUCCAUUAGGCAGGCAGCAGGAUAGUCCUGGGCCAAGCCCUAUAUAUUCACUAAUAAAUCAGACAUGAAACCAG